AAAUGCUGGUACGAUUCCCGUCGCCAGCCUUAUUUUCUUCUUAUGUCUAUCAAAAUCCAACAGAAUUCAAUGGAGCCAGCCAUCUACACUUUUCACGAUGUCCUGAGUGAUGAUGAAAUCGAAACGAUUAAAGAAUCCGCCAAACCAUUGUUGGCUCGAUCGAUGGUGCAAGGCAGAACUGGGGCCGGACAUGAAGUUUCCAACGUCAGAACUUCAAAAACGGCCUGGCUUGCUGAAGGAUUACAUCCACUGUUAAACCGUUUAACUCGACGUAUUUCGCUUAUUACUGGCUUGAAAACGAAUCCUAUUCACGAAGAAGCUGAGCUACUUCAAGUUGCUAAUUACGGGAUCGGUGGUCAUUACGCACCUCAUCACGACUACAUGAUGAAAGGCAAAGCGGAUUUCGAGGCAACUUUGAAUUUUUUACUUGUUAUUCUAACUAGUGAUGCGCCAGUAGAAUUUCCCUUCAUCUAA